AUGCGAGCGGGCCGUUCGACUCGAAGCAGCGUAGAACAGUCCUAUAUUGUGGAUCAGUACACGAAUAAACUGGUGAAGACGCACUCGAAGGACACGAUCAAGUACCGCCGCAUCGAUUCAUCGCCCGAUCGAGAAGACGUCGUCGAAAGUGCCGCUUCGAGAAUGAAUAAGGUAAGAACAAUUUCAAGGGAAUUUUGAAAAAAAACGCGUGAAAGUUUCGAAUUAAAAAGAAUUUCCCUCCGAAAAUUCGCUAAAACUAUUGAUUUUUCAGAGAAAGACGACGGAUGCGGUCCCGUCUCUUCCAGCGAAGAAGAAGGAUAGAAUACCUGUCGCUGCGACGGUCCCGACGGCUCGCGAUCCUUCGCCGGCUGCUCCGCUAGUCUAUUUUCCGCUGCUGUCGAGGACCGACGUCUCCAGAAACUCUCCAAUCACGGCGAUCGAGGAGAUCGGCGAAUUCGCGACGCUUCUGCGCCAAAUGAAGGCGCUCGACGUGUUCGAGAAUCAAGAAGACGACGAUGCGCUGUUGAUGGAAGUUCUCGAGUUGGCCGGACAAGCAACGAUCGACGGGAUCACCUCGCUGCCGCACUUUUACACUUUCGAGUUCGUGCCGGCCGUGCAGCAUCUGAAACUGUUCAAAGAGUGCCGGGAGGUGAUGAUCGACGGGAUCGUUACCGGAUACGAUCGGAUCAUCGUCGACGACGGAGUGCAGGUGGAUUUUCCGAUUCCGACGACGCUGGCCGACAAGAACCUAGAAAAGUUCGAGACGUUCGUGAUGGACGGUCUGCGGGUCGACGUGCCGUUGCCGCCGAAGCCCGUCACUUUCCCCGCGGAGAUGCAGAAACGAGCGAAUCUUAAUCAGGAAUACGAACGGCGGCUCAUCGAGGCUUGGAGGCCUCACUAUCAGGGCGCCAGCGAGAGAAAUGAUAAUUAUUAA